AUGCCGCCACCAAUGCCUCCACGUCAGUUUAAAGAGGACGCGGUGUGGCGUCUUCUGCUGGAAGAUGAAGGCAUGCGAGGGCAGCUGCUUUCGGAGCUCUCGCAGCUAGCUGAGGCGGCAGAAGGCCGCGCGGUGAGUGAAGCCCCACUCACACUACGGCUGAUCUUACACACCUUGGAGGUCUCAGCGCGGAGCCCAGCGCUCGGCACGCUUCUCGUGGAGCAUCCGCGACGUCUCGACGACGUCAUGGGUGAGGCGCUGACACGGUGGCUGCGCAAUGAGGCUGACGCAACGACACGUGGAAGGCCAAGUAGCGCGUUGCAGGAUGGCUGUCAUCACAUGUUGACGGCAGCGCACUCGUUCGCUCAGCACUCCGCUGAGAACGGUGGUGAAUGCCCGAUAUGUCCGUGGAUCGUGCAGUGGCCUCGUGCUUUUAGGGAGGCGUUGCGCUCUGGUGCAGUAAAAGUGGCCCUGCGUAGCGCAUUAAGUGCGUUGCCUAGCUUCCUCAUGACCCAACCAUUAUAUUCGCCCCUCCAACGGCCAGGAGACGCUGCAAUAGGAGCUGGGCAGUGGAUGGAGGUUAUUGGCCAUGUGACAGGCAUAUUUUUCCUUCACCGUGAAUCGAUUGAGCCAGAGCCCAUGAUUGGGAUGCAGCCACUGCUUGCCAACUGUAAUGGAGUGAUGGGGCAGUCUCCGAUCUGGAUAGAUCUCUCGUUCCUGCCGCAGUCCGAGAGGCGGGCGUUGGCAGUUAUUGGGGAACGUGUUCAUGUUGUGGGUCUGCUAGAGGCGGCUAGCAAUGAUCUGGGUACUAUGCUUUACAGCAAACGUGGUGAUCUCUCAUCGUCUGUGCAGCUCGUGUUGGAAGCUCGUGCUGCCCGUACGGCCAAAUUUGUCUCUCAGUGGUCGCAGGAUCCGUUUAUGACCGCAACCGCUGAUACGACAUCCCCAUCCUUCUUGUGUGUAAACGGCGAUGGCGCCUUUGAUGUUAACGGGGAAGAUGAGGUGACCGCCCUUCGUCAGGCCAAGUGCUCCUGGAAGGGUGUGGCAGGAGCCGCGGCUUUCGCUUCAGCAAAGGCAACAGGUGGAUUUCGCCAACAAGACGGUGUGUGCCGAGUGGAAGCGUUCUUUGCAGCCUCAAAGGUUUUUUUGCUCCCAACAGCACUAUGGGCUGCUGUUGGCAUUUCCCUCACGUCUGCAGCGGUGCCGGAUUCCGCUAUUGCGGCCUCCGUAGUUGGUCCUACAGAUGCUCUUUCCGUCUUGCAAACCUUCCUGUUGGAAUUUGGCGCUGAAACUGGUAUGGUGAUACCCCUGGUGCGCGGUGUGGAAGGAGCACUUCUCCCAACAUAUGCACGCACGCCGGCUUCGCAAGUGGCUUUCCCGAUGAGUGUCGAGGCGGGAAGCUGUGUCGAGUCGGUGCGUGCGGGGCUGCUGAACAUGGUGUACCAGCGAGUCCUCUUUGCCCCCGCACUGCAUGCCGUCCCGGCAUCUGCGCUGCAUGCCCUUCAAGGUGUUCUCGAGCACCACGAGCACGUCGUCGUGCGAGAAGGUGGUCAGAGAGUGAGCUGCAAAGCCGUAGGGGCUUUUAUUGGUGUGACACAAGAGAUAAUGUUGGUGCAGCAUCGUCAUCUGUUUCAGUUUUUAGAGCGUGGGGAUAUUGUUGUUCACGCCUCACCAUCAUCCCUCCGCCCACUGCAAGAGCAAGCUGAGAUGCUGCUGGAGAUGGUGCCUACCAGUGGUGGUUCGCAGGACAGCGGCAUGACCGAUUUCGUCAAGCACUGCACAAGUCAGUGGCACGUGUGGCGUGAGUGGGCUCGGGCCCCUUCAGUUGAAGAGCCUUUCACUCCACAACUCUCUGCCGCAUGUUCUGAGCUUUUGCGUACGUUUUUUCUCACAGCCAAGGCUAUUUGCGCUGAGGCGACCGACGUGAGCAUGAUGAACACUUUGGUGAAGCUCACCUCCGCGCAUGCGCUCCUUCGUCGCAGAGCACCUUGGCGAUACAAGCGCGAUGGAAACAAAUUGACAGAUUUGGUGGCAUGUGUUUGCCCCGCGACUAAAACGGAGAACGGUGAUUUUACGGCACUCGUUGAUGCCGUGGUGGCAAUAGCACUCUGCGAUGCAUCAUUGAAGUUCAUAGCUGGUGUUUCCCUCAUUGGGGAGCUAUCCGUUUUUGAUCUGAUAGCGUCCGACGACCAGUUCAAUAUCGUUCAGUUCGCGAAGCAACUACACGAACAUCUUACUGCUAGCCUCUCAGAGGCUGAGGGGUGUAAGGGGCUCGGACGCCGAUAG